GAAAAGAACGCGAAAAUCUCCGUUCAGCGAACAACGACGAUUAAAUUGAACAUAAGUCAAAAGUUAUCAAAAUACUAAAGUAUAUCGACAGUUUUAAACAAUCGGCAGCGUUAGCAUCAUAUUUAGGCAGUGGAAGAGAAUUCAAGUGCACCAGAUUCGACCCACUUUUGUGAAGAUUGAACUACCUCAAGCUGCCAGUUCUAUCCCCCAGCCUUUUAGUGUCAAUUUAUGAACUAGUUAGCUUAGUCAACUGUACUUAUUAGCAUUACAACUGAUAUUUAGGUGACAUUACUCAGAAAAUAACCGUGCAGGUUAUAGAUUGUAUACAAUAAAAUAAAAAUAAAAGUUUUAAUGUUUACUCUGUUCAAAUUCAUUCAACACCACAUACUAAGAACCAAGCUUUUACCAGCAUUACAGACAGCUUUUCAUCACAUUCAUUGACUUAAGUGCUGUUUAAGCCAUGGAAAGCUCUAUGUAAGAAAGUAGCUGUCAUUGACUGGGGUGGGGAUCGGUGAGUCGUGGCCAUGCUGUCCGGAGUUCAGCCGUGUUUCCAGCUGCUGAGAAUCGGCUCGUCCUCCACGGAUUCGGCUCGGGACCUGUACACGUUCCGGCCGGCGCUGACCCACUCAGUGUUUCGGCUGGGCCGUGCGGCAGAGCUGUGUGAUGUCACACUGGACUCAACGUCUGUGUCCCGGAUCCAUGCCGAGCUGCAUGCUGAGAGGGAUGCGGAGGGGGCGGCCGAGGGGGGCUGGAAGGUGCAGAUAAAGGACCGGAGCAGCCAUGGUACCUGGGUAAAUGAAGUCCGUCUGCAGCCAAGUGUCCAAUGGGAGCUCUCAGAUGGUGACACACUCACCUUCGGCGGCCAAUCAGAGAGAGGGAGCCCAGAGUUCUACUUUCUCUUCCAGAAGGUUAGCGUGCGGCCGUUGGACUUCGACGCCAUCACCAUCCCCAAGGCCGGCACCUUCUCCUCCGACCUGAAGAACCGAAUCAGAACGAGCCUGGACCGCAAGGCGGUGGCCAACUUGGAUCUCUCCACGUUGUCCAUCAACAGGGCGACUGUCAUUCUGAAUUCCAUUGGAAGCCUGAGCAAGAUCAAUGGGACUCCUUGGACAUUUAAGAGGAGUGACGGCAAUAUCACAGACCCAAACUCCACCUCCCCGCCUUUUACAUCCUUGGUCCCGCCCUCCACCCCUCCUCCCUUUCCACCUACUACCUCUGUGGCCUCAUCCAAGUCACUCCCGCCGUCAUCCAAGAGCAGGCGCAAGUCAGCCCACACUGUCCUUCUGGAGGAUGGCAGCUCGGACGAGGCCAGGAACCAGCGAAGCUUGAAGGAUGGACAGAGAGGGACAAAGAGAAGGCGCCUCUACAAGUCUGAGUCUGAGGGUUUCCACGCUUCUUUACUCAAAACGGACCAGGAUGUACAACGACAGUUUGAACUGAAGCCUGUGCCUAAACCGAUCGCAAACUGUCACACAAUCGUCGCUAACGGCAAACUCAACCAUGUAUCCUUCAAUAUCAAUCAGAGGCGGGAGAUCGACCCAAACAAUCAAAGGACUGGGCCAAAUAUGAACAUCUCUGUGUUUCGCCAGCAGAAUGUUUUCUCGCCGCCAUCUUCUGGGCGGGGAAGGCGACGGGCUCACAGCUCCCCAGUGUACUCCCCUAUGGUGGUGGGAGGAGAGAGCUACUCGCUGGCGUCCCCGUCCCUGAGGAUCUGCAAAGAGGAGAGUGGACGGGCAGGACAGUUUGCCAGAUUUCACGUCACCACUGGCAAGCGGCGGGGCAGACCAAGGAAGCACCCUCCUCCGCGGCCCUCCCUUCCCCCUCCUUCCUCUUCCUCGUCGUCCUCCUCAUCCUCGUCGUCCUCCUCUUCGAGCUCCUCCUCGUCCUCCUCAGAAGACGAAGAGGAGGGAGUGUCCCAGGGGGUGGAGCCGUGUGCCGCACCUCGCUGCCGCCUGCCCCAGCAGGACACGGUGCAGUGGGUCCAGUGUGACGACUGCGACGCCUGGUACCACCUGGACUGCCUGCACUGUGACCGCAAGAACCUCCUGCUGGACCCCAAUGCAGACUUCCACUGUGGCUGCCGCUGAUUCAGCAGGAGUGGAUCACAGCCCCCUAAACUACAGCACACUUAAUGCCUUAAUCAUACCACAAUGAAUUUGGGGCUUGUUUCUGGAAAAAAUACGAUUGUUGAUUAUAUGAUUAAAGUAGAUGUUGUACAGUGUUUGUGGAGGUUUUUAGGUGCGACUGAGGCUCUUAUGGACUGUGGGGCAGGUCUCAUGUACAUAAUAGUUAGAGGCAGCCCUAAACUGACAUUUUUCAUCCAAGUGUUCAUCCACACUCGCUCUGUUGCGCAAUGAUUUGAGGUAAACAGUGAAAGCUAGAACUUGGGUUAGCAGUGGUAACCCCGGGGACUGAUAUAAACUGUGUUGAACUAUUUUAGCUACACAAAGGCUACUCUGGUGUACAGUACAAGUCUGGAAACAAGUAGAUAUACAGUAACAGACAGCAGGUUUAUAACUUUGUGAACUAUGUACUUCUAUAUCGGGUUGUGAAUAACCUGCUGUUGAUUAAGGCUAAUGAAGGUGGUAUUGGAGAAUUCACCGAAUUCAUAUCUGCAGUAACACAGUAUGCAUUGCAAUACUCUCAUAAUCACACAAUACGAAUAAUCGAGCAAGGAUAUGCUUAGCUUGGUUCUAUCCUGUUGAGUAAAGAUGUUUACGCAAAAAAGAUGACCAUGGAUUUUCUGUGUUCAUCCUAUCUUUAGUAGUUAAUGUUUUAAUCUUCCCUAAAAGACUGUUUUGAUAUUUUCGAUUUCAGAUCUAUAACAUGCUGACUUAUUUGUUUUCUUUGAAUUAACAUAAGCUUUCUGAUGACUUUGAUUUAUGUCUCUAACAAUGUACCGUAUGCAUAUCUGUCCAUAACACAUAGGAACUCCACCCAAAAACUAUUUUGGUAUCUUUCAUUAGUCCUUUGUUGACAUAGUCCCAAAAUGUUUAGCUUGUCAGCAAUCAAGUUUUCAAGAUAUGUGACUUUUAAUAUACAGAAAUCAUCCCCGUAUUAUGCAUUUAGUAUCAUGAUGCUGAGUUUUCCAAAAAUGCAGUAUACGGAGAUGAUUUCUGUAAUUUGUAAGUUACAUAUCUUGAAAACUUGAUUGCUGACAAGCAAAACAUUUUGGAACUAUGUCAACAAUGGACUAAUGAAACAAAUACCAAAAUAUCUGGGUGGAGUUUUUCUUUAAUCAAGCUGUAGGGCAGGCAUGACCAACACUCCCGGGGAGCUACCCUCCUGCAGGGUUUUGUUCUAGCCCUACUAUAACUCACCUGAUUGUACUAAUCAGUUGCUCUCUAGGACCUUGAUUGGCUGGAUAUAAUAUGGCUGGAGUAAAAGCCUGCUCACCCAGUAGCUCUCCAGGAGGAGGGUUUGCUACACCUGAUGUAUAACAAAAGAUUUCACACUGUCUUCACUUUAAUGAUUAUAAGAUCAGCUCGCAAGAGCACGUUACUGUUGGAUGUUUCUCUCCGAUUAUUGGUAUUUGUCUUCAAAGUUAUCAGGGAAGAAAUAAAAGGUAUUUAAAAAUGUA